GGUUUGCGACGGCCGAGCUACCGGUAUGGCGGAUUGCGACGGCGUGAAGAUGGCGGGGGCGGAACGGAGUGGCGAAAUGCUGAAGGAGAAGGCGAAUAAUUACUUUAAAGAGAAAGAUUAUGAGAAUGCGAUCAAGUAUUACUCCGAAGCUGUGGAGCUGAACCCUGACAAUGCCAUCUACUAUGGGAACCGCAGCCUGGCUUACCUCCGCACGGAGUGCUACGGCUAUGCCCUGGCAGACGCAACUCUCGCACUGGAGCUCGACAAGAACUACAUCAAGGGGUACUACAGGCGCGCCACCUCCAACAUGGCACUGGGCAAGUUCAAGGCAGCGCUCAAGGACUAUGAAACGGUAGUAAAGGUGCGACCCAACGACAAGGAUGCCAAGCUGAAGUACCAGGAGUGCAGUAAGAUCGUCAAGCAGAAGGCGUUCGAACGAGCCAUCGCCAGCGACGAGCUCAAGAGAUCGGUGGUGGAUUCUCUGGACAUAGAGAGCAUGACAAUCGAGGAAGACUACUCGGGGCCCAAGCUGGAGGAAGGGGGAAAGGUCACGCUGAAGUUCAUGAAGGAGAUGAUGAGCUGGUUCAAGGGCCAGAAGAAACUGCACAGAAAGUGUGCCUAUCAGAUUUUGGUACAGGUGAAGGAGCUUCUAUGCAAGCUUCCCAGUCUUGUAGAAAUUACAUUAAGUGAGAAAGAGAAGAUCACUAUCUGCGGUGACACACACGGACAGUUCUACGACCUGCUGAAUAUCUUUGAACUUAACGGCUUGCCUUCUGAGACUAACCCCUAUCUCUUCAAUGGGGACUUUGUGGACCGUGGAUCCUUCUCUGUGGAAGUGAUCUUAACCCUGUUUGGCUUCAAGCUGCUGUUUCCAGACUGCUUCUACCUGCUCAGGGGGAACCACGAGACAGACAACAUGAACCAGAUGUACGGGUUCGAGGGUGAAGUGAAGGCGAAGUACACCGCGCAGAUGUUCGAGCUGUUCAGCGAAGUGUUUCAGUGGCUGCCCCUGGCACAGUCCAUCAAUGGCAAAGUGCUGGUGAUGCAUGGGGGUCUCUUCAGCGAAGAUGGGGUAACGCUGGACGACCUCCGGAAAAUAGACAGGAACAGGCAGCCUCCAGAUUCAGGGCCAAUGUGUGAUCUGCUGUGGUCUGACCCACAGGCUCUGGACGGCCGGUCGGUCAGUAAGCGAGGUGUCAGCUGUCAGUUCGGACCAGACGUCACCAAGCGGUUCCUGGAGCAGAACCACCUGGAUUACAUCAUCCGCAGCCACGAGAUGAAGUCCGAGGGGUAUGAGGUCACACACAAUGGGCAGUGCAUCACCGUCUUCUCGGCGCCCAACUACUGCGACCAGAUGGGGAACAAAGGUGCAUAUAUCCACCUGCGGGGGUCCGACCUCAAACCAGAGUUCCACCAGUUCACAGCUGUGCCUCACCCGAAUGUCAAGCCCAUGGCCUACGCUAACUCACUGAUGCAGCUGGGAAUUAUGUAACUGUGCUGGAUCUUUUGGGGGGGGUGGUGGGGGGGUUCACCCGUGAGACUUCGGUUUGUUUUUCGUCCAAUUAUUUUUCUCCUGUUCCUCCUCCUCCCUCCGACUAACCUGUCCUGUCCGCUGAUCUGGAAAGACAAACUGAAGGGAGCGCUGAAGGGUUGUAUUUUCACCAGAGAAAACAGCAGAUUUUUUUUUUUUUUUUUUAUUAUUAUUUUCCCCAGACUCUGUAUUUAUAAAAACGACACGGGGUCUCACUGCGACUCCUAAAGAUUUAGAGGCGAGGAAGGAGGUUGGGGGGAGAGAGGGUUGAAUUCUCUACUCUGUUCCCAUCACCCCAGCCUGUGUAUAAUCUAGUAGCCGAGUGUAAUUUAAAUUGUCACUGUGGACGCACAAUAAAAAUAGGCAGGGAUCUUUUGGUUUAGGUUCUGUUAAAGAAUAUGUGGGUCAUGAAAACCUGAUCGUUCCAGAAACAACUGUCUCUGAUUUUUAUUUCAAGUCGCACUAAAAAAUGAAAGUUAUUGACUUGGGCUGCUGGGUAAAUCCAUUGGCCUUGUGCACCCUGUCCUGCUUUUAUAAGUACUUGAAACUGAUAAAGGUUUACCUGGAUCACUAGUUUAUUUAAGUGGCUACAGCACGAGCUACCACAAUCAAAAUGCUUUUACUUAAUUAAUUGAGAACACAUUUCUCCCCAGUCUGAUUGCUGGCUAAUUUUAAUGAUCAUCAUGGGCUGGACUUGAUGCAGCCCAGGUGGAUUUCUUUUCCAGCUGUUGAAACAGGAGUGAUCAAGGGUUGUGUGGGUGCCCCAGUCUGUCCUGAAGGGUAAUUGAUAACACUGGAAGUCAGAAAUAGUGUUGUAUGGGAAGCCUUGAACAUGCCUUUAAGGGUUAGGUGAGCCUGAAAUUAACUUUUAGCAAGAACUGGCUUUACAGGAGUUUGUGGAAAAGGAUCACCACCAUAGUAGUAUGGCUGUAAAGCUUACAGGGGGGAAAAACGAUUCAAUCUUGAAGCUGAAAUGGAUCGCCCUCGACUCAAACUGUUUUUUUUACCCUUGUAUUACAGUAAAAACUGUUACAGUUUCCCGUUACAGGCAGUGGGAGUUUUCUGGUUGUUUACGUGACACAUUCGGGCCGAUUCAAGGGUUGCAAAGAGUUGUUCUCUUAAAGGUAAAGUCAAAUUGGCCGUACGUCCCUUAUGACGAUGGUGGAAGCCCUGUGUAAGUACAGUUGUGCUAGAACACCUCAACAUUUGUCAUUCUAUGUCGUUCAUAUACCUACCUGCAGCGGUUUGAUUUUACGCACAACAAUUCAAAACAGAAGCAAUGGGGUGUUCUGAUGUACGCUGCUGUAUGGUAUGUUUUAAAAAAAAAAAGAUCUUGAAUCAAAAACGGUUUAAAUACAUAGAUUGUAAACAUAAGCAGAGACUUGCAGAUGUUACAAAGCCUUGUAGGAAACAUAAAAUCCCACAGUUCACUUGUAGACCGUGACAGUCCUGUGUUCCUACAUGGGUGGGCAGACUCACUUGCGCCCUGUGUAGGACCGGUUUGUUAACAAAUCUUCUGUCUGUAGUUGAGACUUGAAAAGACCUAGGGUACCCUGGAGUAUGGGUUGUAUGUUUUGUUUUGUUUUGAGGACUACAGCUUCCUCUAUUAAAAUGUACAAUAACAAA